AGGGGAGGGAGGGGUGAGCCAUCUCUGCUGCCUGAGUUGCAAUUACACCUACAAAUGCCUUCUGUGUUUGGUGGCUGCAUUCUGCCUCUUAAAUUCCUUUGGCUGUUUGUGUUAGUAGAAGCAACUACCAGAACCUAUUAUGUUGGGAUUGUGGAAGAGAACUGGGACUAUGCACCAACUGGGAAGAAUCUGAUUACAGGACAAAGCCUCACAGAAGAUGAACAUGCGAGUGGGUUUGUGAAGAGAGGAGCCAACAGAAUAGGACGUAUUUACAAGAAAGCUGUUUAUAAACAGUUCACAGAUGGUACCUACAUGCAGGAGAUCCCUAAGCCAUCCUGGUUGGGGUUCCUCGGUCCAGUCAUGAAGGCUCAAGAAGAGGAUAUCUUUGUUGUUCACUUAAAGAACUUUGCUUUCCGUCCAUAUUCUCUGCAUCCACAUGGUCUCUUCUAUGACAAAGAUUCUGAAGGAGCCCUCUACCCAGAUGGAACAAGUGGCAAAAGCAAAGAGGAUGAUAUUGUUGUUCCUGGUGGAAAUUAUACAUAUACAUGGCCAGUGAAGAAAGAGUAUGCCCCCACUUUGGCAGACCCAACCUGCCUGACUUGGAUUUACCAUUCUCACAUUGAUACACCUCGAGAUAUCAGUUCCGGGUUAAUCGGACCAUUGCUGGUUUGUAAAAAAGGAAGUUUAGAUGACACCUCAAUACAAAGCACUGAUGCUGCUAAAGGCUUUGCCUUGAUGUAUAGCAUUGUAGAUGAAAAUCUCAGCUGGUACAUUGAUGCAAAUAUUAAAGCUUUCUGCUUGGACCCAACCACGGUUGACAAAGAAGAUGAAGGUUUCAAGAACAGCAACAAAAUGCAUGCUAUUAAUGGUUACAUUUUUGGAAAUCUCCCCACCUUGGAAAUGUGUGCUGGUCAAUCCGUGUCCUGGUAUUUGAUUGGAAUGGGUAAUGAGAUAGACAUCCACGCUGCAUAUUUCUAUGGCCAUACCAUCAUUAACAGAGGCCACAGGGCAGACGUCGUCAACCUAUUUCCAGCAACCUUCAUUACAGUGGAAAUGAUUGCAGGGAAUGUUGGGAAGUGGCUGUUAACCUGUCAAGUAAAUGAACAUUUACAAGCUGGUAUGAAGGGGCUGUAUAACGUUCAGAUCUGCCAUAAAAAUGUUUCUCAGCCUUCAUUGACUGGUCAGGAAAGAAGAUACUUUAUUGCUGCUGAAGCCGUGCUAUGGAAUUACGGCCCUGAAGGCUAUGACAAAUUCACGGGGCAGGCCUUGAAUACCACUGGCAGUGAGUCUGCACCAUUCUUUACACAAGGGACUGAUAGAAUAGGAGGACAGUACUGGAAAGUUCAGUAUGUGGAAUACACUGAUGACAAGUUUACCAGAAAGAAGAACCGAACUGAGGCUACAAUGCACCUUGGAAUUCUUGGCCCCGUUAUCAAGGCUGAAGUGGGAGAUACUUUGUUAGUUACCUUUGCCAACAAAGCUGAGAAGAACUAUAGCAUUAUGCCACAUGGUGUGAGCUAUAGCAAGCAAUCGGAAGGAACAUCAUAUUUAGAUGGACAUUGGAAGUUGGGAGCACAUGUUAAACCCUGUGAGACCUUCACAUACAAAUGGAGAGUGCCUGAAAACGUAGGCCCAACCACCAGCGAUCCACCAUGCCUGACUUACCUGUACUACUCAGCAUCUGAUCCAGUCAUGGACACCAACUCUGGCCUUGUAGGACCUUUGAUAGUUUGUAGAAAGAACACUUUGAAUCAUGAUGGAACACAGAAAGGAAUAGACAAGGAAUUUUAUCUGCUCUUCACAGUCUUUGAUGAGAAUCUCAGCUGGUAUCUUGACAAAAAUAUUAAGGUGUUUACUGGGGACCCCUCAAAGGUAAACAAUGAAGAUGAGGAUUUCCAGGAAUCCAACAAAAUGCACGCUGUAAAUGGCUACUUGUUCGGUAAUCUGCCAGGAUUGGUGAUGUGCAAGGAUGACAACGUUUCUUGGCAUAUGAUUGGCCUAGGUACCUUCACGGACAUGCAUGGAGUUCAUUUCCAAGGAAACACCAUCCAUUUGAGCGGGACGACAAGGGAUACUCUGGUCUUGUUUCCCCACUCAUCGGGGACAGCGCUCAUGCAGCCAGAUCACGUGGGCAUUUUUAAAGUGGUUUGCAGAACAUUUGAUCACUUUGUGGCUGGAAUGAAACAGAUGUAUGAAGUGAAUAGCUGUAGCAGUACAGCUCGCCCGGGGCAGCCCUAUGGAACCAUGAAAACAUAUUACAUUGCUGCAGAAGAACUGGAAUGGGAUUAUGCACCUAAUAAAACCUGGGCUCUGAGUGGCAAAGAUGCAAGUUACGGGAACAUUUUUGUAAGCCCAGAUGAAGAUCGGAUUGGUUCAAAAUACAAGAAGGUGGUUUACAGAGAGUACACAAAUGGAGAAUUUACAGAGCACAAAGUGAGAUCAGCACAGGAGGAACACUUAGCAAUCCUAGGGCCCUUAAUCCAUGCAGAGGUUGGUGACUCCAUACUGGUUAUAUUUAAGAAUAAAGCUAACAGGCCCUAUUCAAUAACUGCACAUGGCAUAGAAGAAGUGGAUGGUGGAGAAAGAUCUGGAACGCUAAUCACUAUGCCUGGGGAAAUAAAUACAUACAGAUGGAAUGUCCCAGAAAGGUCAGGUCCGGGUUCUUCUGAUCCAAACUGCAUCAGUUGGGUUUAUUAUUCAACAGUGAAUUUUGUCAAGGACACUUACAGUGGUUUGGUUGGUCCGCUAGUAAUUUGCAGAAAAGGAAUAUUAAAUGAAAAGGGUUUAAGGAGAGAGAUUGAUCGUGAAUUUGCUCUUCUGUUCAUGGUCUUUGAUGAAAAUGAAUCCUGGUAUUUGAAUGAAAAUAUUGAAAAGUAUCUGCAUAAGUGUCCUGAUGACUUUAAUUACACCGAGGACUUUCUGGAGGGUAACAUCAUGCAUGCAAUUAAUGGAAGGGUCUAUGACAAUCUCCAUGGGCUAACAAUGAAAGAAGGUGCAAACACAAACUGGUACUUGAUAGGAAUGGGAAAUGAAAUCGAUAUCCAUACAGUCCAUUUCCAUGCAGAGACCUUCAUCUUCAAGACAGAUAAUGAUCACAGAGCAGACGUGUAUGACCUUUUCCCUGGGACGUUUCAAACAAUCGAACUCAUAGCAGAUAACCCUGGAACAUGGCUUCUGCACUGUCACGUAGCUGACCACAUUCAUGCUGGCAUGGAGACAACUUUUACCAUCAGCAAAUCAGGUGGUGACGGAGAAGGAAUAAAAUUCUUAGGCAAAGCUCUGGGUGCAGGAGAAGCUAGCUCAACACUCAUAGCCCUUUUUUCUGUCGGACUUGUUCUUCUGGCAACAGUAUUAACCCUCAUCAUCCUCAUCACUUGUCAGAGAAAAAGGACAUACUACAGGUCUGUGCAACCCAAGUGUGCGCUCCCAACUGAUUCCCUGUAAAUCUGUAUUUUGGGGACCAUUUCUAGAGCUCUGUUGGAUUUCAUUGUAUAUUGUUGGUAUAUUUGAGGCAAGAUAUAUGUUUAUGAAGUUUACAAAGUGAGACUCCAUCCUGCAGCCAUAAGUCACGUGUGACACAGACUGCAGGCUUCAGACCUGAUGAUCAUAUCCUGCUUGUCUUUGCAGCCUGAUUCUGCUCUGUUGAAGUCAGUGUGAGUUGUGCCAUUGAAUUCAAUGGGAGCAGGCUCAGACUUAGGGCUAGUGUACACUAGAAGUGCUACCUCGGCACAGCUGCAUCAAUGCAGCUCUGCUGCUGUAGUGUGUCUGGUGCCGAUGCUCUAUGUCAACGGGAGAGCACUCUCCCGUCAGCAGAAUUACUCCACUUCCGGGAGAGCUAUGUUGACGGGAGAGCGUCUCCCACCAACGUAGUGUUACCCGCUUAAUUUCAGGACAAACCGGCGCUUAGAUUGGUGUAACUUGCAUCACUCGGGGGAUGACUUUUUCACACCCCUGAGCAACGCAAGUUAUAUCAACAUAAGCAGUAGUGUAGCCCUGCCCUUAUACUUGAGAGGUCCCACUGAUAUCAAUGAGAUUGCUCACUUGACUUAGGCAAGCAGGAUUUGGCUCUGAGAGCUGAUAAAAUGCAUUCGGCUUCUGAUUCUUUUAAUGCUGUAAAGUGUAGCCAAACAAUAUUAUUUUUAGAAUUUGAAUUGAGUUGCGACUGGAGCAAUGAGAAACUCAACAGGAUAGAGGGUUCAUGCAAACCUUUUCUCCUGUUUCAGUUCAUGUUCAUUGUGCUUGGAGAUUCUGGUUCAAAUAAACAGUAAAACACACAGAGAAACCUAGUCAAACCCACAAUAAAGCCCAGACAUUUCUUUUUAUGCAAACCUAUUAUUGGCCCUAGAUUCCCUCAAAAGAUGGACAAGCGUCAGUGAACAUGUUAACCCACAUGAGUUUACUUUCUAGGGCUCACUGGACUUCUCUUAUAGUCAAUGUGAGCAGGAGGAGGAGCCUGAUCCAAAGCCCACUGAAGUCUAUGUAAAGACUCUUACUGACUUCAAUGGCUUUGGAUCAGGCCACAGACAGUAACUCUUAAUGAACCCAAAACAGGUGAGUUUUGCAUGGCCUUGGUUUUGUAAUGAAAAUUUUACACAGCUCUAAUUUGCGGAAUUACUCUCAAAUAUGUGUACAAACAUAUUGACUUUACAAAGAUUUUAACAGAAUCUUGUGCUUAAAAAGUAAUAUGCAGGACCAAAUUAUGCUCUCAAGUUCAGCACAUCAUCUUUGCGUUUCCACUGAGUGCAAUGGGUUUGCAUGGGUGUAUGUGAGGGCAGAAUUUGGCCCAUAGCCUCUGUGAUAAAACAGGUGCUUAAUGGGAUCUCUAUUGGGUAGUGCUAUGUUGAACUAUUUUCAGUAUGCCAGAUUCUGCAUGUGCUAGUGUAAAUCUGGAACAAAUCAAUUGAUUCACUGGAGAUACUAUGGAUUGACACAAUCUGAGAACAGAAUCUGGCCCACUGAAUCUACCAAAAGUUUAGGAGUUCUCUUCCUUUACCCUAUUAAAUGAGAGUGCUGUUUCGGGGGCCAAAAUUUUAAAGGUUUUUAGGCACCUAAUGAUGCAGAUAGGCACCUUGCUACCUAAUUCAAUGGUAGUUAGGCUGCUAAAUGCUUUUAAAAAAAUCCCAGAGUGCCUAUCUGCAUCUUUAGGUACCUAAAUACCUUUAAAAUUCUGGCCCCAAAACACAGCAAAAAUCUGUGGGCCAGAUUUAGGCCUUGGGUUCCUAAAGAGAAAGUCAUCUGGUUUUAUAACUAUUUCUUAUUGUGGGCCUGAUUCUAUGACCUAUACUUACACUGAGUAGUAGCUUACUCCCUGAUUUCAAUGAGACUACUCAGGAAGUCAAGUACUUACUCAGGCCUGGUCUACACUGGGCGGGAGGGGGAUCGAUCUAAGUUAUGCACCUUCAGCUAUGUGAAAAACGUAGCUGAAAUCAACAUACUUAGAUCUACUUACCGUGGUGUCUUCACUGUGGUAAGUCGACGGCUGAUGCUCCCCCGUAGACUCCGCUUCUGCUUCUCACUCCAGUGAAGUACCAGAGUCGACGGGAGAUGCUCGGCGGUAGAGUUAUAAACUAGACACGAUAAAUCGAUCCCCACUAGAUCGAUCACUGCUGUCGAUCUAGCGGAUAAUGUAGACAAGCCCUCAGUGUUAAUAAGGGUGUAGAAUCAGGCCUUAUUAUAGUGAUACUUUAAUGUUUACAGCUCAUUUUGAAUGACCUAUUGUUUAUUUCUGCCACAAGGAUGUUCAUAUCACCUACAGCCCUGGUGGAUGAACUCCAAAACUAAAGCAAUCUUUUAUGUGUGAAAUAAUUUAACUGAGUUUGAUUUUCAGUGUCGGUGCGUAAUGUCUCAGUAACUCGAGUUGGUGCGUAAUGUCACUUUUUCUCUUCUGUAUUUAAAAAUAUGCUAUGCCCUUGUAGGGAACUUUACUGACAGUAACUUUGAACGUAGGUUAAUGGUGUUCUGGAUUAAUACCAAGAUCACCAACAGAUAAAAGGUGUUAAACAAAAUCCUUGAGGUGCGGGGUAUUUCUCAGUGUUUCCUUGAUUCUUUUGUUUUCUUCUGGUUCUUUAAAAAGCAAAACAAAAAACUUUCUAGAUAAGAGGUCUGAUCUUGCAACCAUUACUCAUUCAAGAAGUCCUGCAAGAACAAUGACUUGUGUGAGUUAGAGUUACAGGACUGGGCUCAGAAUUAGGAUAGCAAUUACAAUCAAAGCUGUUUUAUCCGGCAUGUUGGGGAAAUGGGAGGUG